UUAGACCUAUGGUCACACUUCUGUGUACUUUGACUUUCUCAUUUGCCGAUUUUAUUCAUUCCGUAUUAAUAUCAGUUCGCUAGUCAGGCAUUACCCGCACAAGAAAUGGAGCUUGAAAUACUCAGUGCCAAAACUACUAAGCCCUAUGGCAAGGUAAAGGCUCCGUCAUCGGGCACAACGGUUGCUGAGCUGCGUGUGAUAAUUCACAAAACUCUAAAGUCGACCCCACAUGAGGACCGCCAGUCCCUGCGCCUUGAUGUGCGCGACAAGUCGCUAAAGGACACCGACACCUUGGACAGUUUGAAUGUCCGCAAUGGUGAUAAGGUCUAUAUAAAGGAUCUGGGUCCUCAAAUUGGAUGGAAGACUGUAUUUUUGGCCGAGUAUGCUGGUCCUUUGAUAGUCUAUUUAAUUUUUUACUUCCGACCGGAGCUCAUCUAUGGCAAGGCGGCAAGCACCCCGAUCUCACUCACAACUCACAUUGCCGCUGGCUGUUAUACAGUCCACUAUGUGAAGAGACUGCUGGAGACGAUCUUUGUACAUCGUUUCUCGCAUGCGACAAUGCCCUUGCGCAACCUCUUCAAGAACUGUAGUUACUAUUGGGGUUUUACAGCCUAUGUGUCGUAUCAUGUAAAUCAUCCUCAAUACACUUCACCAUGUAUGUGCACUGUGUGGGCUUCAUUAGCUGCCUUUGCGCUGUGCGAACUGGGCAAUUUUUCCAUACACAUUGCUUUGCGUAAUCUGCGUCCACCAGGCACCAAAGUCCGCAGAAUACCUGUCCCGGAUGCUAAUCCAUUGACAAAGCUCUUUAAUUUGGUAUCUUGUCCCAACUACACUUAUGAAAUUGGCGCCUGGGUAUCUUUUUCAGUGAUGACAUCUUGCCUGGCCGCUUAUCUGUUUGCCUUUGCCGGCGCCUUCCAGAUGACCGUGUGGGCCCUUGCUAAACACCGCAACUAUAAGAAGGAGUUCAAGGAUUACCCCAGACAGCGUCGUUCCAUUUUUCCAUUUGUGCUUUAAGCAUUAACUGCAUACAUGCACUUACAGUACUGUUCACUGUAUAAGAAAUUCCAUGUCUUUUACACACCACAAAUAUUAGUGUGCUUAGAUUGUAAACAAACUGUAAAAGGGGUAGUUAAUCUAUGAACUUUGGGUUUUCUUUAGCGUCUGUUAAAAACAAAUAAAAAUAUAAACAAAUAAAAAUAUAAACAAUAAACCUGUA